AUGGAGGUGUAUAUAGAUGACAUGCUCAUCAAAUCCAAACAAGCAAGCGAUCACGUCCAACACUUGUCGGAAGCUUUCGACGUUCUGCGAAGGUAUGGCAUGAAAUUAAAUCCCACUAAAUGUACAUUUGGAGUCUCUGCAGGAAAAUUCCUAGGGUAUGUCGUGACACAGCGAGGGAUCGAAGCUAUCCCGAAUCAAAUAAAAGCCCUUAUCAAUAUCCAAUCUCCAAGGAACGUCAAAGAAGUGCAGAAGUUGACCGGUCGCGUGACCGCGUUGAAUCAUUUCAUAUCUUGGUCGUCCGAAAGAUGUCAUUUAUUCUAUGACGUUUUGAGGAAGAAUAAAGGUUUCGAUUGGUCACAACAGCAUGAAGACGUGCUACAAGAACUCAAAAAAUACCUAGCGUCACCGCCAUUGUUGUCCAAGCUCAGCGACGGGGAGACACUGCAGCUUUAUCUUGCUGUGAGCAGUGUGUUCGUCAGUGCUGUCCUGACGCGAGAAGCAGAGAGUCAGCAGCUCCCAAUCUAUUACGUCAGUAAGUGUCUGCUAGACGCAGAGACCAGGUAUUCUUCAUUGGAGAAACUCAUCUUAGCCAUAGUUGUUGCUGUUAAAAAACUUAGGCAUUAUUUUGAGACGUAUACCAUUAUUGUUAUGACUAACUAUCCUGUCAAGGCCGUCUUGCGACUCCCCGAGUUAACAGGACGCAUGAGUAAGUGGGAAAUAACGCUCAGUGGAUACGACAUCCAGUUUCGUCCCAGAACAGCCAUUAAGUCGCAAGCAUGGGCAGAUUUUGUGGCAGACUUUAGCCCAGAGCUAGAAAAGCUCACAAACGACGAAGUCGCCAAAAUUAAUCACAUCGGUCACGAACCUUGGGUGUUAUUUGUUGACGGAUCUUCUAAUUUCCGUGACGCAGGUCUAGGUAUCGUGCUAGAGUUGCCACAAGGGGGCAAGAUACCAAGAGAUCAGAACAUGCAGGCAGAUGCAUUAGCCAAUCUUGGAUCCUCCUUAAGGGACGUUUCAUUCACUUCCGUCCUUAUAGUCCAUCUAGCGAACCCUACAGUCGCUAGAGGUGAUAGAGAAAUUGUUGCGACAUCGGCUGAGCGACUUCAAGACGACCAAGAUGUCGUUGGUAACAUCAACAACAUCGUAGCUGCAAGCGACCUUGACACUGAGGAGGUAAGUGUCAGUUGGACAAAACCGUUUUAUGACUAUCUUGCUAACGAUGUGCUUCCGGCAGACAAGGCAAAGGCGCGCAGAAUUCGGUUUAAAGCGUCAUGGUACGUGCGCAUUCAAGGAGUACUAUUCAAGAAAUCUGCCGCAGGGCCCUAUCUGCGUUGUUUGGAAAAAGAUCAGUGGGGGCAAGUCUUAAUAGACAUGCAUGAAGGGACAUGUGGAAAUCACUUAGGAGGGCGUAGCUUGACCAAUAGAGUGUUGUGCAUGGGAUACUAUUGGCCCACAAUGAAGAAAGAUGCGAUAAGGACAACAACCAAGAAUUCCACUGGAGAAACUCCAUUCAUGCUGGUAUAUGGCUCUGAGGCCGUCCUUCAUAUAGAGAUUGAAGAACCAACCCUGAGGGUGCUGAUGUACUCAGAAGAUGCUAACUGGGCGGCUCUCCGGACGGCCCUGGACUUAGUCCUUGAAGUCAGGGGCAAUGCACUGCUGAGAAUGCAACUCUACAAGUUAAGGAUGGCAAGGGAGUUUAACAAAAGAGUUGCAAGGCGUCCAUUGAAGCUUGGAGACCUCGUCUUGAGGAAGAUGGAAGCAGUCGGCCGAGCUAAGGAGCUAGGACAGCUCACCCCUAAUUGGGAAGGACCCUACAAAAUAUCGAAGUAG